CCAGGCUCGAGGUUGAGUCAGCCUUCCAUCCUUCCGAGGUCUGAUAGAGCAUUAUUGGAGCAUCAGUCAAAUACUAACCUGAUAAAUGAAUUUUGUUCAUCCAAAGGAUGUCUGCAGCUGAUUUUGAAAAGUUAGCAGAAAUAGAACUGCAGAAAGAUGAAGCUGAAUAUACAGCAAUGGCAGAAAUUAGGAGCUUUUCUGCAACGCAGUCAAACCGAGAAUUUGGAAUAAGCCUCAGUCACCCAUUCUACGAUGUGGCUCGACACGGUAUUGUUCACUCUGCAGGUGACGACUCUUUGGGGAGAAAAGUGAUCACCUUUAGUUCAUGCCGCCUGCCUCCUUCUCACCAGAUCAACCACUGCCAGUUAUUGGAAUAUUUGAAGUACACGCUGGAACAGUAUGUGGAAAGCGAUUACACGCUUGUUUACUUUCACUAUGGAUUAAACAGUCAAAAUAAGCCGUCUCUCAGCUGGUUGCAAAGUGCCUACAAAGAAUUUGACCGGAAAUACAAGAAGAAUCUGAAAGUGCUCUACAUUGUACACCCCACCAACUUCAUCAGGAUAAUUCGGAACGUUUUCAAACCUCUGAUGAGUCACAAGUUUGGAAAAAAGGUGUUCUAUUUGAAUUACUUAAGUGACUUGAGAGACCACCUGAAAUACGAACACCUGAAUAUCCCUGAAGAAGUGAUUCGACAUGAUGAAAAUCUUCGGAUGAAACAGAAGAGCGGAUCCCUUCCUCCAGCAAAACCUCCUCCACCUCAGUUUCGGAUGAAACAGAAGAGCGGAUCCCUUCCUCCAGCAAAACCUCCUCCACCGCGGCCUCCUCUUCCAACACAGCAGUUUGGAGUCAGCCUUCAGUACCUCCGUGCUAAAAACAAAGGAGAAUUAAUCCCACCUGUAAUGAACCACAUAGUGGCCUACUUGAAAAAAAGAGGACUUAAAACAGAAGGGCUGUUUCGAAGAUCAGCGGGCAUCAAAAGUAUUCAAGAGAUUCAAAAACUUUACAAUCAAGGAAAAACUGUUGAUUUUGAUGAAUAUGGAGAUAUUCACAUCCCUGGAGUAAUCCUGAAGGCUUUUCUCCGAGAACUUCCUGAACCUUUACUGACCUUCCCGAUGUAUGAUCAGAUCAUUCAAAUCACUAGUGUGGAAAGUAGCUUGCGAGUGACCAGAUGCAAAGAAAUUGUACACAGACUUCCUGAGCACAAUUAUGUCGUGCUGAAGUUCCUGAUGUGUUUUCUCCAUAUGGUGUCACAGGAAACCAUUUUUAACAAAAUGACCAGUUCUAAUCUUGCUUGUGUCUUCGGCUUGAAUUUAAUUUGGCCCCCCAACAGUGCUCCGUCCUUCAGCACAUUGGUGCCUAUAAAUCUUUUCGUUGAUUUGAUGAUCGAUUUCUAUCCCGUCAUCUUCAGUUCGCGAAAGGUGCCCGGUGAACGCUUGCCUUGAAAAUCAAAAGACUGGGACUGUAAGGCCCCACCCCUUCCCUCCCACACUUCUGAAUGCAGGGCAGGAGGAUGGAUUCCCAUGUUACAAGGAG